AUACAAACACGUAUCUACAGCAUUACAGUAUUGCUUCAGCUAUCUACCUACCAUGUUGCGGACUCCGCCAACCCAGAUCUCCCUAUCCGAGUACGAGGUCCUCCAAACCAUACAGUCAAUCUAUAUCCAGAAAGCCAUGAGUCUUUCUCUCAAAUACUACGGCACGGAAGGGGAAGGAGAAGCUGAAUAUUAUUACGACUCGUCAUGUACAAGCCCGUCGACCGAGUACACCACGUCCGAAUAUGACAAACUAGCUUGCGAGGUGGUGAAACACUAUCACGACGCGAAGAUCUACUUGAAUUCGUUAACCCCGGGUUCUCGCGGUGUGGCUUUGUCCGAUUCGGAUCUCUCGUUAUCUGAUUAUCCUGCCCAACUUCGCGCCAUACUGAGCACUCGCACUGUUGGCCGCAUUGAACGUGACGAUAGCGAAGAAAUAUAUGAAAAUGCCACAGAAAUCCCGGAAUCAACUCAAGCAUCUUCAACGCCUCUGAUGGAGCCAUCUGCGGAGACGUCACCUCCAGCAACGACCAUCCACUCCCCCAGAUCUCCAGAUCCGACUCCCCGAGCCCGCAGGGUGAGCAGGGUGCACAGGUCAGGGCAUCAUGGAAUAGUCCCUGUCUUGCAGGUACAAGUGCCAUAUUUUCACGAGAGAAUAUCGGACAUGCUUCUAUCCGAUUAUAUGGCCGAAUGGCAAAGUGGACCACCCGGCAACCUUCGAGAUACUUAUUCCCGUCUUCCGCUUAGACGAGACCAACAAUCGAAUUGGGGUCGAUAUGUGUUAGGGCAACUAUCCAAAGACACCUCGAGGAACACGGAAGUACAGUCCGCCGAAAACUGGCAAGACGAAAAUAUAUGCCCGACAACCCAUCCACGAUCAAGGAAAAGUUUGCUGUUAGAAGUGAUUGAUCAGAACGACGAGGAGCGUGAUGACGAAGAGUCCCAAUCAGGUGCUGAAUAGGCAGAUGGACGGAAUCAAGUUUCGAGGCUACAUAUGUUGUUAUGAGUGUAAUACUACUCCCCAUCGAAGAAUACCAUGAAUAAAUUAGUACCUUGGCGCAAU